AUGUUUCACAAACGAGGACUAGGCCAAAGUCCGGCCGGGCGCAUCUAUAAUAAAAAGACGCAUACUAAUAAAAAUAAUAAAAAGCUUUGGCAUCUUGUCCGCAAUGCCUUAGUGACAUGUCUGUUGUGCCUGCCGCAGAUUCGGCUACCUCCAGAAGUUAAUCGGAUCCUGUAUAUAAGGAACUUGCCCUACAAAAUCACGGCAGAGGAGAUGUAUGAUAUUUUUGGGAAGUACGGACCGAUCCGACAAAUCAGAGUUGGGAACACUCCUGAAACAAGAGGAACAGCAUAUGUAGUCUAUGAAGACAUCUUUGAUGCCAAAAAUGCUUGUGAUCACCUGUCAGGAUUCAACGUGUGCAACAGAUACCUUGUUGUUUUGUACUAUAACGCAAACAGGGCAUUCCAAAAGAUGGAUACAAAGAAGAAAGAAGAACAGCUUAAACUUCUCAAGGAAAAAUAUGGAAUUAAUACAGACCCACCAAAAUAAACUGAUCUCUCUCUGGAAAACUGAUUUUAAGCCCUGCCAUUUUUGAACUAAACAUAGGGAUUCUCAGUCAAUUAUAACUUUUCUUGUUUUGUUGAUAUGCUCCAAGUCCUUAGAUCUUAUCAUUAGAAUUAAAGAACAACAUUACAAGAUCUGCUUUAAGAUUAAAUCCCCUUAAGUGGAUAUGUUUUCUACAUGUUAUAAGGGUGAACUGGUAAAUGCUGCAUAGCCGCAGCCCUGUUUAUAGCAGGAUCUUACAAGGCGGGACCAAGUACUCUUAGUGAUUCCAGCCUGCUGAAAUUGUCACCAUUCUCCAGUGCUGAGUAUAAAUAUGGCAACCAGUUAAUAUGAAGAGUUAGUUCAAAGGGCUCUGCGUGAACUGUCUACAUAAAGGUGAAUUUCACUUGACACUUACUAAAAAUGAGGUGUUGCAACUAAACAAGAGUGUCCCUGCCCCACAGUGUUUUGUGUUUUGUUUUUUGCUUUUUUUAACAAAUAAGUAUGGUUUGAUACUUCAUCGUACCUGUACUAAUAUACAGAAGUUCCUGCCGCAUUCUGCCUCUGGGAAUGUUUGAAGGAGCUUAACUCUUAUUUCAUUGUUAGGCUGCUUCUUACUAGAAACAGACAACCCAAAACCAUGUUUAUGACAAAGUUUCUUUUGCAAGUUAUAGAAAAUGAAUAAAUAACUUUUGAAAUAACUGCUUCGGUGACUUCAGUCAGAGCAUCUUGUUCGAAGUCACUGGGACAGAAUAGCUCUCGGGAAAUAAUUUUGCUUGAAUAGUGCAUGGCUGCAGAACUGACUUCAGGUCAUAAUCAGUCUUUAUUACGUGUAUCAGAUUUAUGCUGAAGUUAGCAGAAGCAAUGGGAAUGAACUUCAUGUCAUUUAAUAUAGAGAACACCUGAGCCAAAGCAAGACAGUAGAUGGUGACUGUAAUUUUAGAAACCUGUAAGGUGAUUGUUUUCUACUCGAUGUUCUUGAACUUUAAUAAAUUUCAUGUACAUGAAUUUUAGAUGUGCCCUCUACUGGAGGGAAAAACAGAUUUAGAACUUCAGGCUUUUAAAAAAUACCAGCAGUCAUGUCUGGUGAAUAAAAACAUGUAAUACUCGCUAUGCCUAACUAAUGAAAAUAGUCAAAAGUAAGCUCUACCUCUGUUCCGAACCAAGCAGAAGUUGUGUGACUGUUGAUAGUUACCCUGCCGCUGAGGAGGAUUUAUUACCUUGGAUUUGAUGAUUAACUUGCUGACCACACGGCUUCCGGCCAGCGCAGGACCUGAGCAGAGGCAAGUACACUUUGCCUGAGGAAUUGUAAUUUAGGUUAAAAAUUUUCCAGUGCGGUAUAUUGUCAUAAUGGAUUCCUUCCAAUUUUUAUCCUUAAUUUUUUUUGUGGAAAAUACUACUUCAAACGUGCUGUUCUCAUGUUCAUUUAGUAAAACAAUAAAUAUGCGUGUUUGCAUAGCUGCUUUUUAA